AUGAAUUCAAAACUACGUCUCAAAGUGGCGGUGGAUUUGAGCUUCGCUUCACAGUUAGUGCAGGCCAUCGAUGAGAAAGCAAGACAAGUUACAAAUUCAAAACUUUAUUGGAAAAAUAAUUUUAAAUUAACAAUGCUGGCAGCUUGUUCGUCCUCUGCAAGAAGUACAGAUCGAUUCAGCGAAGCUUUGGGAGAAAAGUUGCUUCAGGGUUGGGCUAUGCUUGAUUCUUCAUGCCCAAAAUGUCCCUCCAUCCCUCUCAUGCGGCCGCGGAAUAGCGAAGAACUCUAUUGCGUUUCUUGCAAAGCUUAUAUAUCUGCGAGUAAUUCUCAAGCAGCAUCUGAAUGUUUGAACAUGAAAUCAGAAAAUGCGUUUCCUGUAAAUUCUUUUCAAAACCAGGAAGCGGCCGCUGUAGUGACAAACGCUCUCUCUAUACUCCAAAUAUCAAUUGCUAAAUCAUUGGAAACGGAUGCUCAAUUUAUGGGCACUUCCUCGUCUUCCUUGGAUGCAAAAACCUUAUCCAAUGUUGAAAUGAAGCUCAAAUUGAUCCAAAUGGCCCAUGAUCUUUACUCCAAAAUAAAAUAA